AUUCGGUCUUUGGGAACGUGCCGUCACAUCCGGUCUCUUUUGAGCUUCCCAGGGCACCAGCAUGGCGGACACCGGUGUGGUGGAGACGCUCCUACGGCGGAUUGAGAAGGUGGACGAUGGUGUGGACAGCCUUGAAGCGGCGAGCAGCCUCGGGGUGGACCACCAGGUCCUCGUCGGAGCCGUGAAGAGUCUGCAGGCUCUCGGUGAUUUAAUCUCAGCCGAGCUGCGCUCCUCCAAGCACUGGGAGCUGUCGGCUGAGGGCACGGAGAUAGCCGAGCAGGGCAGCCAUGAAGCCCGGGUCUUCAGCGCCAUCCCGCCGGAGGGUCUGGCACAGAGUGAGCUCAUGAAACUGUCCUUUGGGAAGAUCGGCUUCAGCAAGGCCAUGUCCAACAAGUGGAUCAGAGUGGACAAGACACACGAGGGCGGCCCGAGGAUAUUCAAGGCUGUGGAGAGCAUAGAGGACCAGGUCAGAGAGAAGCUGCUUUUUGUACAGAAAGGCAACACUGCUCAGCUGGAAGAGAAGGAGAAAAAUGAGCUGAAGAAGAGGAAACUGCUCUCUGAAGUGACGGUGAAGUCGUACUGGAUCACUAAGGGCAGCUCCUUCAGCACCACCAUCACCAAACAGGAGACGGAGCUCACUCCGGAGAUGAUCGCCAAUGGCAGCUGGAAAGAGAAGGACUUUAAGCCCUACAACUUCGAGGCCAUGGGCGUGGCCCCCGACUGUGGCCACCUGCACCCACUGAUGAAGGUGCGAACACAGUUCAGGCAGAUCUUCCUGGAGAUGGGCUUCACGGAGAUGCCGACAAACAACUUCAUCGAGAGCUCUUUCUGGAACUUUGACUGCCUGUUCCAGCCCCAGCAGCACCCGGCCAGAGACCAGCACGACACCUUCUUCCUGUCUGACCCAGCACUCGCCCAUGAGUUCCCGCAGGACUACCUGGAGAGAGUGAAGAAGGUGCACUCAGAGGGGGGCUUUGGCUCGCAAGGGUACAAAUAUGACUGGAAGAUAGAGGAGGCUCAGAAGAACAUCCUCCGCACUCACACUACAGCAGUCAGCGCACGCAUGCUGUAUAAACUGGCACAGGAGAAGUUCACCCCCGUCAAGUAUUUCUCCAUCGACCGGGUGUUCAGGAACGAGACUUUAGACGCCACCCAUCUGGCCGAGUUCCACCAGAUAGAGGGCGUGGUGGCCGACUACGGACUCACUCUGGGAGACCUCAUGGGCAUCCUGCAUCAGUUCUUCACUAAACUAGGAAUUACCAAACUACGCUUCAAGCCGGCCUACAACCCUUACACGGAGCCCAGCAUGGAAAUCUUCAGCUACCACGAAGGACUAAAAAAGUGGGUGGAAGUGGGAAACUCGGGCGUGUUCAGACCGGAGAUGCUGCUGCCCAUGGGUCUCCCUGAGGACGUGUCCGUCAUCGCCUGGGGACUGUCUCUGGAAAGGCCCACCAUGAUUAAAUACGGCAUCAACAACAUCAGAGAGCUGGUGGGACACAAGGUGAACCUGCAGAUGGUCUACGACGGCCCCAUAUGUCGACUGGAGUCCUGAGGUCCACCCAACCUUCAUCUUCUCCCUCACCUUCACCCUGGGACACCUCCUUUCUACUAAAUAUGUUUCUCACUCUACUUAUUCUUGCUAGGCCGAGGUUGGCUGGUAAAACCAGUUGGUCUGAAAGCGACUGUAGCAAAAAAUAAGAGGGUCUGCUUCUCUCCUUACACCUCUUCAGACAGAGCACAGGAGCACAGGAGCUGCCUCUGGAUGAACUCAGUACCCUGUCUUUACAUCACCCUGGCCUAGUUACUACACAAAAUGAAAUGCUGUACAGGAAAACUUUUGGACUGUGGCAAAUGUUCAAUAAAAAGCUUUUUUUCCAGGUGCCAAUACAA